AUGACGCACGGCGAGCACGGAGAACCGAAGAAGCACGGUUUUUUCGCGCGAUUCUUCUUUGGGAAAUCCAACCCGCGGCGCGACGUGCCGUUGCCGGGAUACAUCGAGGAGAUGUACAACCCGAGACAUCACACCGAGGACAGUAAGAAAGACCUCGGUGAAUUCAUUCGGAGACGGUCGAUGGACGAACGACGGGUGUCGACGGACUCGACGCCGCGGACGAGCGAAGUGAACGACGACGCCUAG